AUGGCUGACCUCAGACCUCCGUUCACUGAGGAGACGGCGAGAAAGAAAGUUAAAGUAGCCCAGGACCUGUGGAACACCCAAGAUCCCGUGCGUGUUGCCAAGGCAUAUACCCCGGAUUGCAUCUGGCGCAACCGCACAUCGUUCUUCUCUGGGACGGAGGCAAUCGUUGACUUCCUCUCAGCAAAGUGGAAUCGAGAGCAAAACUACAAGCUGCGAAAGGAACUUUUCUCGUUCACAGAUGACCGUAUCGCCGUCCAGUUCUGGUACGAGUUUCAGGAUGCCACCGAUUCGAUGCGGUGGAAGCGGUGUUACGGCCUUGAGGACUGGACCUUCGACAGGGAAACGGGAAAGAUGCGUAAGCGCAUGAUGAGCGGCAAUGAUAUUCUACUCGGUCCCGAUGGAAAUGGCGAAGGACGAUGGUUUCUUGAUGGGGUGGACGUCGAGGAUGUAGAGAUUGGGGAGGAACAUUGGUGA